AUGCUGCACAUAAAGGUAUCAGUUCCAACAGGCAAAUGGCAGGACUCUGGCAACUCUGGGGAGUGUAGGCAGGACUCUGGCAGCUCUGGGGAUUGUAGGCAGGACUCUGGCAGCUCUGGGGAGUGUAGGCAGGACUCUGGCAGCUCUGGGGAGUGUAGGCAGGACUCUGGCAGCUCUGGGGAGUGUAGGCAGGACUCUGGCAGUUCUGGGGAGUGUAGGCAGGACUCUGGCAGCUCUGGGGAGUGUAGGCAGGACUCUGGCAGCUCUGGGGAGUGUAGGCAGGACUCUGGCAGCUCUGGGGAGUGUAGGCAGGACUCUGGCAGUUCUGGGGAGUGCAAGACUGGCAGCUCUGGGGAGUGUAGGCAGGACUCUGGCAGCUCUGGGGAGUGUAGGCAGGACUCUGGCAGCUCUGGGGAGUGUAGGCAGGACUCUGGCAGCUCUGGGGAGUGUAGGCAGGACUCUGGCAGUUCUGGGGAGUGUAGGCAGGACUCUGGCAGUUCUGGGGAGUGUAGGCAGGACUCUGGCAGUUCUGGGGAGUGUAGGCAGGACUCUGGCAGCUCUGGGGAGUGUAGGCAGGACUCUGGCAGCUCUGGGGAGUGUAGGCAGGACUCUGGCAGCUCUGGGGAGUGUAGGCAGGACUCUGGCAGUUCUGGGGAGUGUAGGCAGGACUCUGGCAGUUCUGGGGAGUGUAGGCAGGACUCUGGCAGCUCUGGGGAGUGUAGGCAGGACUCUGGCAGCUCUGGGGAGUGUAGGCAGGACUCUGGCAGCUCUGGGGAGUGUAGGCAGGACUCUGGCAGUUCUGGGGAGUGUAGGCAGGACUCUGGCAGCUCUGGGGAGUGUAGGCAGGACUCUGGCAGUUCUGGGGAGUGUAGGCAGGACUCUGGUAGCUCUGGGGAGUGUAGGCAAGACUGGCAGCUCUGGGGAGUGAAUGAAGUAAUAGUGAUUAAGAUCACCGGUGGAAACUUGGUGUUCGUUGAAAGUGGAGCACGACACAGUUACCUGGAAAGAAUUAGAGGUCUGAGAGAUUCAGAAAAAGAACCUGAUGCUCUUGUUGUCUAUACAACAUAUUCUCUCUGGUAUAUUAUUUAA